UCAUUUUCAACACAUAAUAGACGAAUUCAGUUCAGAUUGUCACUUGUCAGUGGGUACAAAAUAUUUUUUGUUUAUCAACAACUCUACUCUUUUAAAAUUAUCAUAAAAAAAUUCAUUGUAAUUUCGAGUUUAUGAAAUUUAAUCGGUGUCAUUAGCUAAAUUUAAUGUGAAAUACAUUUCAUAAAGUGCCUUUUUAUCAAGUGUUACUAAAUUUGGUGUAACAUAACCUUAAACGCCAACAUGAAUUUAGAAGAAAAAAUUAAAGAAAUCGGACAAAUAUGUAUUCCUGGUAUGAGAUUGAGCUUGGCGAGUAAAGAAUGUGUUGCUGGACCGGGCACAUACGAGUUACGAGGAUAUAUUUAUGCCACUUUAGCUGGAAUAUUAAAAACUGAGGAAGAUGAGAAGACCAAGGUGAAAGUAAUAUCAGUAGAUAGUCCAAGAACUCCAAGUGUGCUGCCCAAAACAGGUGACAUUGUAACAGCUAAAGUAACAGUAGUGAAUCCACGAGUGGUGCAUUGUGUCAUCAUGUGUGUGGGGCCACUGGUACUUGUCAGGCCAUAUCGAGGAGUAUUGAAAAAGGAGGACAUCAAGUCCACGGAUAAGGACAGAAUUGACCCAUAUAAAUGUUACAGACCCGGUGACAUAAUUCUGGCUAGAGUUCUACCAAUGACUGAGAUUCAUUGGUAUCACCUGUCUACGGCUGAAAACGAACUUGGAGUAGUCAUGGCAACAGCAGAAGGUUCCCCUCAAGGUGUCAGCAUGGUCCCCAUUAGCUGGUCUGAGAUGCAGUGCCCUAAGACUUUGGUUAAAGAACCCAGGAAAGUGGCUAGGGUCAUACCAGAAAAUAUUAACCAUGCUCUUUUCCCAGCGUCUAAUGGGCCAUUAAAAGAGAUUGAAUAAAAUGUGCAUUUUUAAAGGUUUUUUUUUCAGUAAAA